AUGUUAACUACAUUAAUCUAUAAUCAAGAUUAUACUUCACCUAAUAACUCAAUUCAAUUCAACUUUUCUAAUACUUAUCUAUCAAGUGAAGGCACAAAUAGAUCUCAAGCUUCAAUAUUAUUUCAUAAUGCAAACACUAAUUCAAAUCAAAUUAAUAACUCUGAACAUAGACUCAUGAUGUCUAGAAAUCUUAUUAGACCAGAACAACAACAUAAAAGUUCAUCGCAAUUAUCUACUAUAUUAUUAGAUGAUAUAUUGAAUUCAUAUUCUUCAGCAGGUUAUAAUCUAACUAAUCGAAGUCAAGAAUCUUUAUAUCAACAAAAUUCUCAUAUACAAAAUUCAGCAUCAUCACUAUAUAAGAAUAAUGAAAGUAGUAUUUUAGAACUAACAGACAAAGAACUGAUAAUAAAUUUAGUUAUGGAACAAUGCAAACUUCUAUUUUUGCAUAUACGGAAUCCUACUAAAAAGAUAUGUGAAAUACUUAUUAAGAAGAUUGUACUAUUAAUGGAUUUUAUAUCUAAAGAAUUUAAACAAUUGUUCAGAAAAAUACAUGAAUACUUUGAUAAUUUUUGGCAUACAUUUAAUAAGGAUAUAGCCUCUCUUGCUAAGGACUUGCUAGUUAAAAAUUGUAAUCCAACUAAUGAAAAUAUCGAGAAGUUUGUUGCUGAAAAACCAUCCUAUAGUAAAGAUGUUUUGACAAAAAUUAAAAAGCUUGAUCAACUUACCUUUCAAUUAACUAUUCCCUCAGCAAGUCAAUGCAACUAUGUAAAUAAAUUGGAACUUAAUCAAACUGGCAUAGAAUUAUCUUUAGAUAAUGAAUAA